GUGCAUCCGGGCAUCGGAAGCUGCUAGAAGCCGGCCGAGGAGUCUGCUCCGCACCGGGGUGACCUGCGGGCGUCCUCGCCGAGCUCCGGGAGACACCGGCGGUAUAGCCUGGGACUCUAGACUAGGGAGUGCCCAGCCAGCAGGGAAAAAUGGUAAUCCAGUGGCAGAGAAUUUCAGGAUGGAAGAAGUCAGUUUGCCAGAUAAUAUCAAUGAAGGACAAGUUCGAGUCAGAACUCUCUAUCUCUCUGUGGAUCCCUACAUGCGCUGUAAGAUGAAUGAAGACACCGGAACUGAUUACCUAGCACCCUGGCAGCUGUCUCAGGUGGCUGAUGGUGGAGGUAUUGGAAUUAUAGAAGAGAGCAAGCACACACAUUUGGCUAAAGGCGAUUUUGUGACUUCUUUUUAUUGGCCCUGGCAAACUAAAGCAAUUCUAGAUGGGAAUGGCCUUGAAAAGGUAGACCCACAACUUGUGGACGGACAUCUUUCAUAUUUUCUUGGAGCUAUAGGUAUGCCUGGUCUGACUUCCUUGAUUGGGGUCCAGGAGAAAGGUCACAUAUCUGCGGGGUCGAAUCAGACAAUGGUUGUCAGUGGAGCAGCAGGUGCCUGCGGAUCUUUGGCUGGCCAGAUUGGCCGCCUGCUUGGCUGUUCCAGAGUGGUGGGAAUUUGUGGAACACAUGAGAAAUCUCUUUUGACUUCAGAACUGGGAUUUGAUGCUGCAGUUAAUUAUAAAAAAGGAAAUGUAGCAGAACAGCUCCGAGAAUCAUGCCCAGCUGGAGUGGAUGUUUACUUUGACAAUGUUGGAGGUGACAUCAGUGAUACAGUGAUAAGUCAGAUGAAUCAGAACAGCCACAUCAUCCUAUGUGGUCAGAUUUCUCAGUACAAUAAAGAUGUGCCUUAUCCUCCUCCUCUGUCCCCUGCUGUAGAAGCAAUCCAGAAGGAAAGAAACAUCACAAGAGAGAGAUUUACCGUGUUAAAUUACAGAGAUAAAUUUCAGCCAGGACUUCUGCAGCUGAGUCAGUGGUUUAAAGAGGGCAAGCUAAAGAUCAAAGAGAGCGUAAUAAAUGGAUUGGAAAACAUGGGAGUUGCAUUCCAGUCCAUGAUGACCGGAGGCAACAUAGGGAAGCAGAUCGUCUGCAUUUCAGAAGAUUCUUCUCUGUAGUCUUUGUGUACCUUCGUCAAGGAAACCCUACAUCUCCUAUUUUGCACAGAGAAUCUUAAGAUACAUUUAAGAAAGAAUCUUACAGUGGAUAGUUCUUGAUUUAAGUGUGAUUACAAUAUUUUCUUAAUUGCAUAACCUUUUUAUCUUCAAUAUCAUAUUACAUGUGGUUGCUAACCAUAAUACAGUGGUUCUCAAACACCUGUGGGUUGUUCCCCCCCCCCCCCCCCCGGGGGUCACAUAUCAGAUAU